AUGUUCUCCUCUCCUUUAAUCCCAGCCUUGUCUCUACUCAUAUUUCUCCCUCUCCUCUUUCUCAUCGCCCCAAGAAUCCUCCUCCUCACAGACCUUCAAAUCUCACUGUCUCCAGAUGAGCUUGACGACGUCGCUUUGUUCCACAAAGCUAUACUUGCUUCUUCCUCUCAUCAUCAUCGUGCACCUUCUUCCUCUAUCUCCCACUUGGGCACCACCACAAACCCUAAACCCAAAAUCGCCUUCCUCUUCCUCACAAACUCAGACCUCUCUUUUGCCCCUUUAUGGGAAAAGUUCUUCCAUGGCCACCAACACCUCUUCAACAUCUACAUCCAUGCCGAUCCAACGGUCCAGAUCACUCCUCCCGGCGGCGUAUUCGAAGGCCGCUUCGUCCCGGCAAAGAAGACCGAGCGGGCCUCCCCCACGCUCAUCUCUGCGGCGCGUAGACUCCUCGCCAACGCCAUCCUCGACGAUCCAUUAAACCUAUACUUUGCCCUGGUGUCCCAACACUGUAUCCCACUGCACUCUUUUCCCUUCGUCUACAAAACCCUCUAUGGCAGCGAACUCGCCGCUUUAAGAGAUUUUGCCACCCAAUCAAAUCACCAAAGUUUCAUCGAAAUCCUCUCCGAUGAUCCCAACCUCCCUGAGCGCUACGUUGCUCGGGGAGACAAUGUGAUGCUCCCGGAAGUGCCUUUCGAGCAAUUCAGAGUUGGAUCUCAGUUUUAUAUCUUGACCAAGCGGCACUCGUUGCUCGUGAUCCAAGACAAGAGACUUUGGAGGAAAUUUAAGCUGCCUUGCUUGAACGUCUACUCUUGCUACCCUGAGGAGCAUUACUUCCCAACACUUUUGUCCAUGGAGGACCCCGAAGGUUGUAGCCACUACACACUUACAAGAGUGAAUUGGACUGACAGUACGGACGGGCAUCCCUACACGUAUGAGGCUCCUGAAAUUUCUGCACAGCUCGUGCAUACCUUGAGGAAGUCCAAUUCGAGCUAUUCCUACUUGUUUGCGAGGAAAUUCUCUCCCGAUUGCUUGAGGCCCUUGAUGAAAUUAGCAAGUCGUGUCAUAUUUCGAGAUUGA